AUGGAAUUAACCAGUGCUAGUGUAAUCAGAAAUGACACAAGCGCCACAGAAAUUACUAUUCUAUCAACAAUUCCUGGUAUGAUGAAAGAAGUGCCAACGCUUGAACCAAGUUGCUAUGUCAUUGAUACGGAGCAUUUGACUGAACGUUUAUGGCUCGUAACAAUCCUUGGCUCAACUCUUAGUGCUAUCAGUAUUGUUGAAAAUGCUUUCCUAUUCUUGAUUUUUAUCACCAGCAAGCAGCAUCGUCGUAGUUAUUCGUUGUAUUUAUUGCUUCUGGCACUCACUGAUAUAUUCAUUAGUUUAAGUUAUAUACUAAUAAUGAUGACAUAUGUAGUGCCGAUGAUGACCAUGUCGCAUGUUGCUAUAACGGCUUCAUCAUUUCUUAUUGUUUUCGCUACCGUAGAAAGAUUCUGUAUCACCGCUUCAAGUCAUUAUGUCGAAUUUUUGCAGAAUAAUCGCUGCUACAUUGCUUUGAUAGCUGUAUUAAUUGGUGUGUUCACCAAGGGAACACUGAUACUUGAACUCAGGCCAGUUCAUGAUUUCAACUGUAUUGGAACACUUAAUGAAUACCGGUUGGAGAUAACAGCACUGGUAAUUCACAAUGAAUACUACAAAUUGUUUCGUUUUUGGUUCCGCAAUAUUGUUACUAUUCUAUUUCCGUUUUUCACGUUAAUCUUCCUGAAUGCUCGGAUUGUCAACGAGCUAAGGAAAAGUUUCCUUGCUGAAAAACAUAAUAUAGAAUCAACGCAUGCUAAAGAACGAAAAGCUCGAAUUCGAGCAGCUACACGAACUUUAAUGCUUGUUGCGUGCACUUAUCUUCUAGCAAAUAUGCUCAAUGUUAUUAUAACCAUUUGGGAACACACUGACGCUAAGUCACUUUUUAGCAGCUUCUUGGACUUCUAUAUCUUCAGUGUUGACACAGUAUCGUUGUUGACCAUUGUAGCAUGCGCUUUACGACUGCCUAUCUAUGCAAGUUGUCAACCAGCGCUUCGUGUAGAAAUGAUUCAUUGUGGAAAGGCAUUUUGUAAGAGGCCGAGACACAUGAAUAACGAGCGUCAUAAAGCACCACUUAUCAGUCGCAAUGAUACUAUCAGUGAAACAUUAUUCAAUGUAUAAAGUAGAAACAGAAAAAAACUUUAAUGCAA